AUGGCCGACACUUUGAAAGACAUUCCAGAGUUUUUUGAGACUGAGCUUGGCGAAUCCAUCAUUGCCCGUACCAAUGCAUUAGGCACAUUUCGUGAAUUGGGCCCGCCGGAUCUCUGUCACAUUAUAAAAGCCAAUGCCAAACCUGGAGUGAAAGAAAUUGGCAGUUAUCAUUAUAUCUCCGGCGUGGAUGCUUCUUCGUCGGCGUCCUUAGCUGUCUAUUUAAACUCGCUGACCUAUUCCAUGGAUGAAACACAAAAAUGGUUUACAAAAUCAAAUGCUUGGCGCAUUCGAUCCGGCAUCUAUUGCUGCUUCAAUGCAUUUGCUAAAGUGGAUGUUCGAGUGGAAGUAAAGAUUCCGGGAGGUGUGGAAAGUUACUAUGUCGACGUGCGUGGAGAGAGACACGAAGCUACGAGUGACAUAUGGCAGGAAACCUAUGUGUCAGCUAUUCUAAGAGCUAUUCUCUAUUCUGACGAUACUUACUAUCGGUUGGCAGGCUAUCGAAAAGUAGAUCCCAUCAACACUCUCGCAGCAGAGGAAAAGUUUUUGGAAGCAGUGGAAGCCUUAUUCUGGAACGGAUGGCGACUAGGCAGUCGACCCGAAAUUCAGGUGGCUACAGCUGUCCACAAUCAUUUAACAGACGGUGUGAUGAAGUAUUUUAGUGAUAGCUCUCGAUUCUCUCCAGCGAUUGACAUGUUUCAGAGAUUAUAUACGCAGGAUCCUGAAGUAGGAGCGUUGCUUGCCAGAGCUUAUCUUGGGCAACAUGAGGAAAUCAAAGCAGUCAGGGUGUUGCAUGAUGGAUUGAAGCAGUGUCCCAUGAGCUAUCCAUUGCUACAUGCACAAAUUGACUUUUUGAGGGACAAGGGCAAAUACGAUAUAGCAUUGACAUUGGCAAAAUACGCAGUCAACACAACGCCAUCUGAAUAUCUGACCUGGGCUAAAUUGACCGAAGUUUAUAUUGAUUUGAAGGAUUAUAAAAAUGCUUUAUUAACUUUGAACUCUUGCCCAAUGUUCACCUACAAUGAAAGGGAUAUGCAUCGUAUGCCUGCACCCAUGAAAACUCAUCUGCCUAUAAAGCCUGAUAUCAUCCAUUCUGGUAUACUAGAUGAAGACAUGUCUCCAGCAGAAUCCGAAGUGAACUCUACACUUUCGCGACUUCCAGCACCAGCACUACACGGCACAUUUGUGAAAGCUUAUUCCUUAUUGACACGACUCGCAGAGGCCCUCCCUUGGGAUGAGCUACUUCGAUAUCGAUCCGAAGUAUUUGUGAUGGAAGAGGAAUAUCGUAAACACAAAGCUGCGAAAGACAGUACGAAAGAGGAGCUUGACGAAAAGGUAAAACAUAGGACCCUUUCCAGUCGGGAAAAAGAGGCGAGCGAGAGCACCAUGUCUUCUCUUGCGGAUGCUCAUGUCGAACGUCCUGAACAAGCGGCUGAAGAGGCAAGCCAGGAUAAAGGUUCAGAGCAUCAUCAUCAACAACAACAACAACAACAACAACAACAAGAACAACAACAAGAACAGUCAUCUGAAGUGACGAUUAUAUUUGGCAACAAACGAUUAUGCGAACGUUGGCUAGAUAAUUUGUUCAUGGUACUCUAUGAAGAUUUGAGAGUGUAUACGUAUUGGAGAGCAGAGGUAGCCCAUAGUCAAGCGCAGAAGCGGACGUAUCGUAAGACAGGCGCGGAAUUUGAGCAUUUGGGCGAUUUAGCAUCACGAUUAUGGCAUGAGAAAGAAGCCAAAGAGGCCUAUGAAGCAUGUUUAGAUUGGAAAUUCUCCGCUAAAGCAUGGAUGAAGUUACUUCAAAUCUAUGCCAAGGAAGGAAACACUCAGAAAUCACUCUUAGCAGCUGUGAAACUUACCGUGUAUCAUGAAAGGUGGUAUCACGAAAUUGUGUAUCCUACAGAGAUUGCUCGUAACUUGAAUAUGCUCAUUGAAAAAGCUGGAUUAUCAAAAAUGCAGAAUAUCUUGAUGUCCAUGAAUCUUCCAAAGCCUGUUCAAAAGUUGAUGAGACGUUAUUUUGAAUACGGUGAAUUGUUCAAAGUAGAGGGUUAUGAGCUCUAA